AACAGAAUUUCAAGCUUGUGGCUGAGAUUACUGAACUUAAAAAGGAGAAGGCUGAAUUCUUAGCUAAGGAAGCAGGGUUUAUGACUAGAAUAAUGGAAUUAGAACAAAUUACUAAAAAAGCGAAAUUAAGAGAUACCGAGCUCAAUACUAGAAUCAUAGAACUAGAACGGUCAAGUGAAAAACGAUUUGUAAAAUUGGAACAGAAUCAAAACAAUACCGUAGUUAAGUUAGAAAAUGAUGAUAGUUCUUCUGAGAAAGAUAUUAAUGUACCUGAUUCUGUAAUAAACAAGUACAUCGACCAUGUCAGCUCUGCCGAUACUAACACCAGAUCGUUAGAAGAUGAUACUCCCGCAUCUGAUAUAACUGAUAACGUUUCAAAUUCUGAUGUAUGUCUGGAACCUUUGUCUCAGAUGAAGGUAGGCUCACACCAAUAUUUUGCAUUACCUAUACAUACGGAGCUAAAAUCGUUAAAAGAAAAGGAAGAAGAUGAAUUCCUGAAUUCAACGUAUAAGGAACAGGUCAGUAGAGAGAUAAUGGAGAGGAUUAGGGAAAAGAAACUUUGGGAUCAAAACUUAUCUUUGGAUAAUAGCCACUCUGUGUCUGCCUCUGGUAAUUUAUUAGAGCAACCCACUUUAUCAUAUGACAUAAAAACCAUUAUGCAAUCGGAGAAGUCAUGUGAUUCAGAACCGUUAACAAAAUGUUCACGAUCAGAGUCAUUCUCGUAUAAUGAAAAGGCUCAAAGUAUUAUAUUAUCUAGAAAUGGAGAUGCUAUUACAGCAGAAAGUAUUGUUUAUAUAUUCUAUAAAGCUAUUCAGUCUGGUCAAAAAGGAAUAUUUUAUUGGCAUUAUUUUGCAAAGAAAUAUGAUAAUAAAAUUGAUGAAUUAGUUGUCAAGUGCAUUAAAAGAAAAACUGCAACAUCUAUGAUAUACCGAGAAAUCAAACAGCUUCUACCAGAUAUCACUGACGGAAAUUUGU